CGUCAGAUGGGCACGCUCGGGGCCGCGGUCCUGGCGCCAGCGCAGCCUUCGCUCAGCGGCCCCGCGCUGCGGUGACAGUCGGUGCUGCCGGUCGUUAUCGUUGUUCACGUGUCAGUGUCCGGUGUUUUUUGGACUGUGGCAGGUGCAGCCUGCGCGAGGCACGCAAGGAGGGUGGCUCAGACCCCUGCGGGGUCCGGACCGGGUAGGGGCUCCCAGAGAACCGGGCAGCGCCCCUCCGUCUGCGCUGCCUCCAGUCCCCUCCCUCUGUGUGACACCUGAAAGGGGGAUGAGCUCCUACCUAAUUAGAGAGAGGAAGUCCUCUGUCGAACUAGGACAGUAAAAUUCUAACCACCUUAGCUAAUUUGGAUCGUAAAAAACAGAUGAAUGGGAGCAGCUGUGGUCUUGGCAAGUCCAGAAACAUAUAGAUAAUGUUCUUUGGGAGCAGAAAAAUAAAUGUUUAGAAACAAACCCAUUUACUAAAAAUAUUUUAAAAGAAGAAGGGAAAUAACAUGUGUUGAGUGCUUCCCACGUGCAAUGCCAGUGUGAGGCUGGAUGUUUUUCACGUCAUCCCUGUUAAUCCUUGCAAGAACACACGGAAGAAGAGCGUCACUGGCCUCAUUUUGCAGAUUGAGAAACUCAAGAAAGUUAAAGUUCUUUAAAUCAUACCCAGAAAGUAUCUGGCUCAGAGUAGGAUCUAUAGUCUGAUCUGAAGAGACUAAGUUUAAACUUUGCCUUUUAGGUUACAUAUGAGAAUAUAAUUUACACAAACAUCAAGCUAUGCAGAAAAACUCCAAGAGGAACAGUAAUUCAGGAGUUUCUGACAUAGAAUUGAACUCUGUGGAUGCUGACAAGGAAAAAAAAGAAAGUCAAAAUAACUUUGUUGAACUGCUGCCUCCAGAAGUUACUUUUAAAAUUUUCAGUCAGCUGGACAUUCGGAGUUUGUGCAGAGCGUCAGUGGCAUGCAGGAGCUGGAAUUACGCAAUAAGGAACAGCGACUCCUUAUGGAAACCUCAUUGCUUGACUGUACGGGCUGUGUGCCAAAGAGAAAUAGAUGAUGAUCAGAAAAGGGGUUAUUCCUGGAGGGUAAUACUACUGAGGAAUUACCAGAAGAGUAAAGUGAAACAUGAAUGGUUAAGCGGCAGAUACAGCAACAUAUGUUCUCCUGUUAGCCUACCAGAAAAAAUCAUGUACCCGAUGGAUGCAGAUACGUGGGGGGAAAUUCUAGAAGCAGAAUUGGAAAGAUAAGCAGAAAAAUCACAAACAGAUCUCAUAACUUCAAGAGUUUAAAACUAAAGACUCAAGUUGCAAAAAGUCUAUCUUUAUCCAUUCAUUUUUUUGUUCUCCUUUUUAAUAUUUAAAAUUUAAAAGCAAACUAAGUGGAAAAUAUGUAAAAGUAAAGCUUUGUUUUUAUUUUGCACUUUAGUAAAAAAUAUUUUUCUGGUUUUAUUGUAAUGUGGAAAAAUCAUGAAAUGUUAUUUAUAUGAGAAAUACUAUACUGAUAAAGUGAUUUCAAAAUGUAUUAUUUCAUGUGUUUGUAUUAGUAUAUUGCAGUACUUUAAUAAAGAUAAGAGAGUUUGGCA